UCGCGCGCCUGGCUCGACCGCGCAGCUCCCACGCGGCCCGGGGAGUCUCGCCCAGUCCCGGCUCGGCGGCCGCUCUCGCAAGCCCGCACCCCGACGCGACGCGCGGCUCGCCCUCUGCCCCGCGGCGCCAUGGCCGCUCUGGAAGUGCCCCCCAAAUGCGAAGCGCAGGUGGACUCCUUCAAGAAAGAGCUCUGCGCCCAGGCUGAAGAGCUUGUGGCCUGCCGUUUCCCAGAAAAAAUUGCAGAACUCACUGAUUUUCUGAAGGCCCCUGAGCUGAAUGUCUCCGACCUAAUUUCGCUCCGCGUCGAAUUAGACAUCCCAGUGCCUGACCCCAAGAAGGACGAGGAGCGUCGCAAACAGCGGGAGAAAGAAGAGAAAGACACCAAAAAAGAGAAGGAUGACAAGAAGAAAUCGGAGGAUGAGGACAAAGCCCCACCGUGUGGUCCCGUUUGCCACAAUGAGAAGAUCACAGCCCUGCUCAACCGUGUGAAACCCGAAAUCCAGGGCACAAAGGAGAAACUGAACCUGAUCUCUCUGUGGCUGCAGCUCCUGGUGCCACGGAUUGAGGACGGCAAUAAUUUUGGGGUCGCGGUCCAGGAAAAGGUGUAUGAGUUGCUGACGUCCGCCCGAACGAAGCUGGAAGCUUUUCAGACUCAUAUCUCCAAGUAUUAUUCUGAACGGGGAGACGCGGUGGCAAAAGCAGCCAAGAGUCCGCAUGUGGGGGACUACCGCAACCUCGUGCAUGAAAUUGACGAGGCCGAGUAUGCCGAAAUCCGAUUCAUGGUCAACGAACUUAGGAACAUUUAUGCCGUCGUCUUCGACAUUGUCCUGAAGAACUUUGAGAAGAUUAAGAAGCCCCGAGAUGAAAACAAGGGAAUGAUCUAUUAAGGGAUGUUCAGGGAUCAGAACGAAAGGAACUGCCACCCCUCUCAAGGGAGAGGGUAUCCAGCAGUCGCCUCCUCUGCCUGUCUUUUCCACCCCUCCCACUUGAAAUAAAGAGAUUUUAAGAUUUGG